UUUCACCUCUCCCGAUCGGUCCGAUCAACGUGACAAUAAUCAGGCAAUGAUGUCAAUGGAUCGAUCGCGUCUGUCUAUCUAUCCAUCUCUCUAUCUCUGCCGCCCUCUGCCGCCCCGGGCCCUUUUCCUUCUGACUCCUGACCCCUAAGCCUCCAAUAUAUAAGCUUGAACGUGCGUGCAGUUUUGGCACACCUGAGGCUGUCAGGUUCAGAGCAGAGUGAGAGUAAGGCCUGGUGUGUUCGGCCGUAGCCAUGCCGAAGCUCCAGCUGCAGCGAUACAGGGGCGUGAGGCAACGCCACUGGGGCUCCUGGGUCUCCGAGAUCCGCCACCCCGUGCUGAAGACGAGGCUCUGGCUGGGGACGUACGAGACGGCGGAGCACGCGGCGCGGGCGUACGACGAGGCGGCCAAGAUGCUGAGCGGGCCGGCGGCCCGCACCAACUUCCCGGCUUCCGUUGACGUGACUGGCAGCCUGUCAGAGGACAGGCGCGCCAAGCUGGAGAGAUGCUGCCGCGUGUCUCCGUCGUCGUCUUCCUCCGCUCCGGCGUCAAGCUCGUCGUCGACCGGCGGCGCCAUGGACGACGACGAUGAGGAGGAGUUCGUCGAGGAGAUGAUCAGGGAGAUGACGCACUACGGUCCCGUGGAGUUCGUCCCUUUCUCCUCCGUCCGCUCGAACAACAACUAGAUAGGCCACCCAGCAGCCGGUGCUCUGCGCCCGUGCGUGCAUUGAUCGUUCUUUCGUGUCGUUGUUCUCUGUUAGCAAAGCUAGCUAGCUAGGCCUGGGUGCACUGCAAACCAUCCAUGUACAUUGGCCGCUCGCCAUUAACAUGUCUCUUAACA